AUGGCGGCGGUGGGUGGUGUCAGUGGAGCCACCCCGAGCACUACCACUACUGCACGACCGUCUUCCCUCAUCCUCUUCUUCCUCCCACCCAACACUGCCUACACUUCUGUGCGCAAUCAGGCGCGUCAAAAACUCGGACGCCUUUCCAUGACCGCUUUCCGCGCUCUCGUUGUCGAUGUACUCCACGAGGCCGCACACCGUCUGGUACCCCUCCUCGAAUCCUCCUCUACUGUCCCUCUCGCUGUGGUCCGACCCAAGAUGCGACAUCAUGAGUACACCACCUAUGGCGGGCCUGUAGACGGUACUGGUGUAGCCGUGGAUAACGAUGAUGAAGUUCUUGUGGUUGUUAGUGGUGGUAGUGACGGUGGUGAUGGUGUGGAGCAUCGCGCUACUAAUAAGAUGUCCAGUAUGUCUGUGGAUGACCCUGUUUAUGAUCAACUCUAUGCCACUGGCGUUGAGGUGAUUUCUCGGAAGACUGCUUUACUAGACAAAGCGAAACGACGAAACUAUUACUUAAACCUGGUAUUUCCAGCAAUUGGAUAUAUCAUACCUAAUGGCUUUAUUUCUCCAUGGCGAUGUCGCCGUGGAGACGGAGGUGGGUACGGCGCCACGUGCCUCAGUAUCCACGGGUCCUUCAAUUUCCACGACCGCUGUCUCUACCACCACGGGGACGGCUUCGAUAUUGACGUCGACAUCACCAACUACACCGACUUUGAUGUUGGAGGUUACCUCGGAGUUCUUGCAGACGGACCAGCUGCAGCAGUGUCAGGAGGAGUCGCAAGAUCAUCAGCAGCUCGUCGUCUCCUUGGGCAAGGAGAGCACAGCCUCCUUGGUCGUGAACUCAGAGGUCUCGCCGUCGUGUCUCGUUAG